UAAAGUAGAACAGCAGAGCUUCAAAGGAACAACGCUUAGACAGACCUCGCCACCAUGCAUGACCUGAUGCUCCUUUCCUUCCUGCUCUGCCUCGGGACCAAAGCUGACGGCAGUGAGAUUGUGAACGGUAUAGAGGUGCCAGACGGGAAAAUGCCUUACAUGGUCUCAGUGCAAAAUGCCACAGACCACAUCUGUGGGGGAUUUCUGUACAAUGAAGAAUUUGUGAUCACCGCGGCUCACUGCGACUCAGAGAAAGCACGUGUGUCACACGUAGUGUUGGGUUCCAACAACCUGAACAAUAUAAACAAAACAAUGAGAAUCAAAAUCAAAAAGUGCAAACAUGAAGAUUAUACUAAAACCGCAUCUGGACACGACAUCAUGCUUCUCCAACUGACCAAGAAAGUCAAGCUCAGCAACAAAGUAGAACAAAUCAAACUGCCCAAGAGCGGAACGAAUGUGAGUGCGAAUACCAAGUGUACAGUAGCUGGAUGGGGCAAAACCGAAACACGUGGAAAGGUGAUGAAAAAGCUGCGGAUGGUUGAGGUUUCCGUCAUUGAUCUGAAUCAGUGUAAAAGGGUUUGGAAGAAAUCUAAUGGCAAUUUUCCAAACAAUAUUGUCUGUGCCGGGGGAUACAAGGUGAAGCAAGGAUUCUGUCAGGGAGACUCUGGUGGCCCUCUGGUGUGUGACGAAACGGCUGUCGGCAUUGUGUCGUUCAACUCCAACCACGACUGCGACUAUCCCAAACUGCCCAAUGUCUACACUGAUGUGUCAAAAUACAUUGAUUGGAUCAAAAAAACUGUAAAGCAGAAAAAAUGUAAAUAAUAAUGAUAAUAAUGAAUUCACGAGUACCUUUUUAUCUGCUUUAUAGAAUAGAAUAGAAUAGAAUAGAAUAGAAUAGAAUAGAAUAGAAUAGAAUGGAAUAGAAUAAAAUAGAAUAGAAAGCUUACAUUGUCAUUGUACCUGGAAUCAUGACAAAUCUGACGGGGCAAAAUAAAGUAUAAAAAU